UCAUCAGAGAAAAAAAUUAACAAACAUUUUUCCAACCAAAGAAAACCAAAUUGUAACCUUUAAUUGAUCACUUUUAAGAAAAUCAAUUAACAAUCCAAAUUGCUCAUUUUCCAUUACACUUAAUUAGUAAGUUAACCUCUAGGAAAAGAAAAUUGUAUCCAUUUGUUUUUUCUGUGUUUCCAAAAUUCUCCAUCCAAUCAAAGUUACCGCUUUUCUCUUUUCUUCUGUUCUAAUCCCGCCCUUUUUUCGUACAGUUGUUAACACGCUUUAUGGCCUUGGGUGUGUCCUAUAAUUUUCUCUUCUACCAAGGCUUAAAUAGCCAUUUUCUUGCUUCUAAUUUUGAUUUGUUUUGUUUUUUUAUUUUCUAUUGAAAAAAAUUGUUUUUCUUUAUUGUAAUUAAUUGUUUGUCCAUUUAAUUGGUAAUUCGAUAAACACGGUGAUUGAAGGAUUAAAGAAAAAGGAGUGACACUGUCAGAGCACAAUUUACUCUUUACUCUAUGUUGGACACCCAAUUCAAGUUGAGUUUAUGAUACACUAAAAUUGAUUCAAUAAACAAAAAUGCCAUUAACAAGGAAACUGAGAAAUGGAUCCAGAGGAGGUGGUACACCAGUAGCUGUGGGAAGAAUAAGUAGUGGUGCUAAUAAUCUUGGUAGUUCAAGUGCUGUCAAACCAAGAGGUACACCAGGAAGGCCACCACUUCGUGGUAGAAGAUCUUUCCCUCGUUAUACUCCUAGACCAUCAGUUGGUGAUUCCAAUCAACCAGAGACUCCAACUGUUAAACGAGGACGUGGACGUCCACCUAAAGCAGUCAAAAAAUCAGAAGAUGAAACAAGUGGAGAAGAAGAAGAACUCGAAGAUGAUGGUUCAAAGGAUGUUGAUGAAAGUACCAAAAAUGAUGAUGAUAAAAACGAUGACGAAAAUGGUAAAUCUGGCAGUGAGAUAAGAUUAAGAAGAAGAGAUCGAAUCAAAACUACUGCACGAUAUUCACCUGAGCUUGCUGAGCCAACACGAAGACCAAGAGGACGACCUAGUGGACAUUCAUCCUUCCCAUCAACAGCAACCAGUUCAAGUAGAUAUAUUACUCUUGACAGUGAUGAAGAUAUCGAUUUAGCUGGUAGUGUUAAAAGACGAAAGUUUGAACUUUCACCAAACAAGCGAGAGGUAAAAUCUUACAUUGUUGACGUUAAAAAAGAUGAAGAUAGUAAUAAAAUGGUUAUCAUGCUUCCUGAUGGUACUACUUAUAAGGUUGACGCAUCUCCAAAUGUCUAUGGAGCUUCUAAAAGACCCACCAAAUCAAAUUCUCGCCGUGGUUCAGACUUGGAGCUAGAUGAAGAUUAUGAGGACGAUGGAGCUCUUGUUGAUGAAGCCGACGAAGAUUUUACACCUGCAUUUAUGCCUCGUCGUAAAAGACCUGCAAAUCGUUUAGCAUCCAUGGUCAAAUUGGAAAAGAGCGAUGUGAGUUCUAAAAUCCCGAAAGCCUCUGGUAUAAGUUCAAAACCAAUUGCUCGUGUUCGUGCCCCUGGAGAAUCAACACCAGCACCGAAACUUGUAUUCCAACCCAGAGUUUCUAAUCCAACUGAGGGUUCAAAAAUCACCAAAAUAACUUCACCCAGUACAGCGGGUAAAGCAAAAGUUACAUUCAUUACAACACCUAAAUCAGUUACUCUGACAGCAACCAGUACCUCUUUUAAACAACCACCUAAACGUAAUUACGGUUCAGCAGCUAAAUUUAUUGAUGAAUUACCGGAGUUGAGUGAAUGCACAGCAGAAGACAAUGAUCCCAAUUUAUCCAAGUUGCCAGAUAAAAUUUUGUUCAUCAACUCCGAUUUACCUCUUAUCAAUAGUCUGGCAACCGGUGAGGAGAAAAAGAUUUACCUUUUCCGUCAAGUUAUGUCUCCUGUUAUGACCAAUUAUCCUUGUCUUCUUUGUCAUGGAAACAAGUUUGUUUUCAAAGAGGAGAAAGAUUUAUCAAUUCAUUAUUCUGUUUACCAUGAGUUAACCAUUGACCAUUUUACAGCCAAAUUUUCUGAAGACAUAGUUUUUGUUUGCCUUCCUAAGUCAAUUAUCGUUCAAAUUGAGGAUGAAGAUGGCUCAAAUGUUAUACUAAAUGCACCAUGUCAAUACUGUGGAGAAGAAGUGAAACUAGUGACCAUGGAUGAUAUGAAAAAUCAUUAUCUUGAUUUUCACACGAAAGAAAUAAAACUCAUCGAACAAGAAGAGAUACUGGGAAUGCACAAGUUACUCUACUGUUCACAAUGUGAAACCCAAUCGAAUGACUUUGUUACUCAUCUAAACCAUAUGAAAUCUGAACACAAAUUGCAUACUUAUUUAUGCAAAUGUUGUGUUUUCACCACCCAAGAUGCAUCUCGCCUAAAAACCCAUUUCCGAGCGAAACAUAUGAUCAGUAACAACAGAAUUCAAAAUCUUCAAUGUACCUAUUGUAGUGGUCUCAUUUAUGGUAUCGAAAGGAUGAAUAAGCACAUUAUGAUUACUCAUUGUGUUCAAACGGGAGCCAAUGAAUUUUCUUGUACUGCCUGUCUUCAACGUUGUGGUAAAGCAGAUGAACUAUUGGGUCAUUCAUAUCGGUGUCCAGUUUUAACAACUGGAUCAACACCGAAAGAAAUUGAAGAAACCAAUGUCAAAAUUGAGCCCAAAGUUAAAGUUUCAACUAAAUGUUUCCUUUGUGACAAAGUUUUCGAAUCAGCUGAGAUGUGUGAUCUUCAUCUUAACCAUGUUCACACUAAAUGGUCAGUUCGUAAUGUGAUCCAUGAUACUUUCCUCAUGGUUAGCCAUCCAAAUGGUAAAACUGACCUAAUGCCUUCUACAUCAAGUGGAGAAGAAGUUUCAUCUCUUAAAUUGGUUGAAUUACCACCGACACGAAUUUUAGACGAAAUUGGAUGUAAAAAAAAUUAUGGACACUAUUGUUUUAAAUGUGAAAGUAUCAUCAAAAUUUAUCCUCUCUAUUAUCUUCACAUGUCUAAUGUUCAUAAAAUGGAAAAAGUUUUCGAAUGUAAAAUAUCUUCAUGCAAACAAACUUUUAAAAAGGCGAAAGGUCUUGAAGAGCACAUGAAACAAACUAAACAUCCACAAAAAUCGGUCAUUGAAGAUCCAUUAGGUGCUAUUGCUUGUCAUUUUUGUAACCUUUAUUUUGUUGGUGAUGAUGAACUUCAAGAGCAUCUACUUUCUGAAGAUCAUUAUAAAAAAAUCAACACACUGAUGGACAAAUCGGGAAAUAAACCUGAACCUCGUAACUACAAGUGUAAAACUUGUCACACUUGGUUUGGUUUGGCUGAUUCUUAUAUACACCAUUUAGAGACAGAAAGUCAUAAACAUGGCUGUGUUUACUGUGGUCUUCAUUUUGCUUUACCAUCAUCCCGAAGAACUCAUAUUCAAAGUCAUCAUUCCGAGAAAUCGGAUAUUUGUGAAAUUUGUAAUGUUAAACAAGGCUCAAAGGAGAGACUCUUUGCUCAUUUGGUGGAGCACAAUAUUGUCUUUGAGUGUAACAAGUGCAUGAGAAAGUUUUACCAACGUGAACAGCUAAAUGCUCAUAUGGAAACUCAUGGUGAGUCUCGUGAUUGUCCAUGGGAUGGAUGUGAACGGAAAAUAACACGUUCGAACUUGACAACUCAUAUAAGACAGCACAGAAUCGAAAAUGAAUCUAAAUGUAAUAUUUGUGGAAAAGGUUUCUCUUCAAGACAAGUUUUACAAACUCACAUGGAAAUUCAUGCUAAAGCUGAGUCUAAUGCGAAAGCGAUUCUACAAGCUGUCCCCAAUCACAAUCAACAAAAAACAACUUCAGGAUCAUUAUCCAGCUCUUCAACUCCCGGAACAACACUCAUCAGUAUAACAACACCACCUUCCAGUUUAACCUCCAUUAAACAGCGAUCUCCUUUAAAAGGACGAACUAUCAAACCACCCAGCACAAAUAAAGUAACAACUUUUACCACCAAUCGUAACUCCAAUGGCAUUCCUACUGCUCUUAAAAUAAUGUGCUGUAGUUGUAAUCAAUCAUUUAACUCACACAAUGAGCUAUCCAAACAUAAAUGUGUCGUACCCGUGGUCACCAUUACUGGUACCAAGCCAAAUUCAACUGAGAUCCAAUUAGAUCCAGUGACUGUUAAUAAUAUGCUCUCAUCUCCCAUUUUAAUAACCCAAAGUGACAAAUUUCAACUUCCAUCAUCUAACACUAGAGAUGAAACAACUAGUGACAAUUUGGAGGAGGAUCCACAAAAAUUAGUUUUGGAUAUUGCUGAGCAAGUGGCUCAAUCAGUUCAAGAAGAGGAAGCUGAAAAAUUGAAACAAAGACAGUUUAAAAAAGUAGAACAACUGCUACAACAAUCUUCAUCUACUACACCAACAUCAUCAUCACUUACAUCAUCAUCCUUAUCAUCAUCUUCACAUUUAAACUUAAAACCAACCGAAACAAAGAAACCCUCAAACUUGGGUUUAAUUUCCAAACCAACGCCAGUCACUUCAACUGGAUCAUCUUCGGCUUCAGCCGCAUCAAUUACACCUACACUUGGUUCAAUGCAAUCGCGAGCCAGGAGGACAUAUUCAUCAUUAAAAUCAACCUCAAGUCAAUUAAUAAAUUCAACAAAUUUAGGAGCAGAAAAUCAAAUUGGCGAGGUUAAAAAAUCUCUCAAAAAAGACGAGCUCAUCACAAGUAGUAAUAAAAAUAGUAAUAUUAAUCUAAAUGAUAACAAUAACACAGUCAUGUUGGCUGACAGUAAACAAGAUGUCGGAUUUACCAGUAAUAUGAUUGAAAUACCACUAAUUGAAGGAGAAAAUGCUAAUCCUGGAGAUCAGUACAUUAUGCUUCAACAACCCGAUGGGCAAUAUGUCCAAAUAUGUGUUCCCGAAGGAGUGGACAUUGAAGAGGUUGUGAGAAGCCUUAACAUAACCUUCUCCGAGAAUCCUGAGGCAGCUUCAGCUGGUGAAUUGACCUCUUCUACACUGACCACUGAUCCUCUAGAGCAAAGUAUGCAAGAAGUAACUGACCAAGGUGGUCAAAUAGCUGAAGUUGAAGGAAUGGAUGACCAACAAGUAAUAUACUUACCAGUUAAUGAAGACGGAACUUGUGCCGUUGAUCAAGCAACUCUUGCCAUGUUAACGGGCAAUGGUGAAGUUCCAAUAAUUGUAACAUCAGGCAAUUAAGCAAAACACCAUCAAGUCAUCAUUUCUCCAUCAAAAAAAAACUUUAUCCCCUCAUCUUUUGUCCUCUUCUUUUUUUCACUUCUUAUCAAAGAGAAAAAUGGAAAACAAAAAUCUAUCCAUUACCAAAUUUAUAUACUUCCUCAGUUCAUUCGUCAAUAUUGAUGAUCAAUGGAUCCACAAUUAUUAUGAAUAAGUCGCAGAUGAUUAACAACAAUCAAAAGCCACAAUGAAUCCAAGCAACUUUACCCUUCACUUUUGCCCUCUCACCUUGUCUUCUAUUCUUGCUCUUCCUUUCUCUUCUCAUGGAAACAACAACAACAAAACCACUCUCCCUACUCUUUAGCUCAUUAUCUCUCAAUAUCACCUUGAAAAAAAUAAUUAUAUUAAUAACCAUUUAUUGCAUCAAUUCAAAAUUUUCAUCAUGUGUCAUUUUUUGAUUGGUGAACAUGAAA